CGGCUCCGCUCCCCUUGGGCCCCGCUGCCCUCGGGCGCCGCGCCCGGCCUCCGCCCGCCCAGAAGGCGCCCCAGCCGCGCGCCCCGACGGCGCCGGCCCGCGGAUGCCGGAGUGAGCGCGGCGACGGCGCGAUGCUGGCGCUGCUGGCGGCCGGGGUGGCGCUCGCCGUGGCCGCCGCGGCGCAGGACGUCCCGGCGCCCGGCAGCCGCUUCGUGUGCACCGCGCUGCCCCCGGAGGCGGCGCGCGCCGGCUGCCCGCUGCCCGCGAUGCCCGCGCCGGGCGGCGCGCUGAGCCCCGAGGAGGAGCUGCGCGCGGCGGUGCUGCAGCUGCGAGAGACCGUCGUGCAGCAGAAGGAGACGCUGGGCGCGCAGCGCGAGGCCAUCCGCGAGCUCACGGCCAAGCUGGCGCGCUGCGAGGGGCUGGCGGGCGCCAAGGCGCCGGGCCGCGCGGCCACGGGCAAGGACACCAUGGGCGACCUGCCGCGGGACCCCGGGCACCUGGUGGAGCAGCUCAGCCGCUCGCUGCAGACCCUCAAGGACCGUCUGGAGAGCCUCGAGCACCAGCUCCGAGGGAACGUGUCUACCGCCGCGUUGCCCGGCGACUUCCGAGAGGUGCUCCAGCGGCGGCUGGGGGAGCUGGAGAGGCAGCUGCUGCGCAAGGUCGCGGAGCUGGAGGACGAGAAGUCCCUGCUGCACAACGAGACCUCGGCUCACCGGCAGAAGACCGAGAGCGCCCUGAACGCGCUGCUGCAGAGGGUGAGCGAGCUGGAGCGAGGCAACAGUGCGUUCAAGUCGCCCGAUGCAUUCAAAGUGUCCCUCCCCCUCCGCACAAACUACCUGUACGGCAAGGUCAAGAAGACGCUGCCCGAACUGUACGCCUUCACCAUCUGCCUGUGGCUGCGCUCCAGCGCCUCGCCCGGCAUCGGCACCCCGUUCUCCUAUGCGGUGCCUGGGCAGGCCAACGAGAUUGUGCUGAUCGAGUGGGGCAACAACCCCAUCGAGCUGCUCAUCAACGACAAGGUUGCACAGCUGCCCCUGUUUGUCAGCGAUGGCAAGUGGCACCACAUCUGUGUCACCUGGACCACGCGGGACGGCAUGUGGGAGGCCUUCCAGGACGGGGAGAAGCUCGGCACCGGGGAGAACCUGGCCCCCUGGCACCCCAUCAAGCCGGGGGGCGUGCUGAUCCUCGGGCAGGAGCAGGACACCAUCGGGGGCAGGUUUGACGCCACACAGGCGUUUGUGGGGGAGCUCAGCCAGUUCAACAUCUGGGACCGCGUCCUUCGUGCCCAGGAAAUAGUCAACAUCGCCAACUGCUCCACCAACAUGCCGGGCAACGUCAUCCCCUGGGUGGACAACAACGUCGAUGUGUUUGGAGGGGCCUCCAAGUGGCCGGCAGAGACCUGUGAGGAGCGCCUGCUGGACUUGUAGCCGCCUCUCCCGUCGGGGGGUGGGGCUCUGCUGACACCCUGGUUAAACUGUCUGCACCUCCUCCUGAUCGAACGGCCUGGGGUCCCGGGGCCUGAGGCUCUGUGGCAGCACCCGUCUCCGGCUUAGCUGUUCCGUACCCAGAUUUCGCUGUUUUGGGGGCAGGGCCAGAGUCCCUGGGGAAAGCCCUGAGCCUCCGGGGGGCCACGAUCUGACUUCCUCCUCCGGGGGAGUAUGGACCCUCAGGCGCUGUUCAGAACCCCUGUACAUGCUAGUGCACCCCAGCCUGCCCCCCACUUCCUUGGUGUCUCAUGUGCGCCUCCUGUCCGUCCCCUUCACAGGCCGUCCCGCUCAAGUGGCCGUGUCCUUGGUGUGUUGAGUACGUCCUGCUGCCCACGAGCACGUAGCAAGCAGCCCCCACCCCACCUCCCCCCGCAGUUGUCUAGGCCAGGCACCAGGAGGGCAGGCAGCCAGAGGUGCCCUGCCCCCUCAAGGUAGAGGGGGUGUCUAUGGCUCCAGAGAAGGAGCUGGGAGGGGUGCUCAGAAGGGAGAAGGUCUGUGAUGGUGGCAGCAUCUCGUCCCCUCCGCAGCCUCUCCCUCAGAUCAAUGCUUUGUCACCGAGUCUGGCUUUCGAAGGCCUGCCGUCUCCACUGGUGCCAAAGGUCCCGCUGCAGUUUUUCCAACCCCUCGGCGUGCGCUGGGGAAUUGAUUCUUCCCAACGGAAGAGGCCGGCCAUUAGCUGGCGCCCAUGUGUGAUGUCUCCCUCGCGGUGAGCGGUUGGCGAGUUUUAACCCACGUUGGUUCCUGUGAGCAUCUGACCGUCUCCAGUGUUUCCCCCGGAACUUCUUCAGGAAGUGGGUGUCACCUGGCCGGUAAUGUGCUUAGUGACGCCAGGCUGCCGAGUUGGUUGGACGGAGGGAGUAGUGGUUCCUUUAAAGACACAGCGAUGGCCUGGGGAAGUUUAUAAAGCUAAAUAUUAUAUAUUUAUUUUUCAUACAUGUCUGAAGUGCAGAUCUGUGGAGAUUCCAUUUGUAGGACCGCGCUGACGUGCCCAUCCUGACCUUGUGUGGAUGUUCUCUGUGGCCAGCACACAGCGACCGUGGAGUUGUGAUUAAAGUGCACGGGACGAGG